CGCAGACGAGUUUUCGAGCCUCUCUUUUUCGACCAAUGACUGGGGCGCAGGAUCACGCCGAAUCCAUCCGCGAUCAAUAGUGCCGCCAGAAUUUCCACGGGGCGAAGCCGCGCGCCUUGUCCGGCAGACGCUCGUCGCGUUCAUUUGGUCGGGAUCGUCGAUCGCGCAUCGUCACUUGCGGAUUGCAUCAUGAGAGCGGCGACCGCAGAGAGCGAAGCGAACGACACUGCCAUACAGCCUCGGAAAUAUGGCACUCGCCGUAAUCGGUGCGCCACCGACCAACGUUGGAUCAUCUAUUUCGUGGUGUUUUUCAUUCUCUGGCUGGCGUGCUGGCUCCUCGUCCACGACAGAAAGGAUCGCCAUAUCCAGUCCGACAACGCGUUGCAGGAACUUCCAGAACUCGGCUACGUUCUACCAGAUGAAUCCGAGUUUAGCGUAUCUUACUGGGGCAAAUCUUGGAUUUUCGAUGCCGUUACGUUUAACGUCGGCUACUUGAAGGCGCAUUACAACAGGAGCGGGUCGAUCGUACUAUUCAUCAACCUAUUGCUCUCCGCCGGCUUGAUCCUUUACGGAUUUACUUCGAUCCUCUCGGCUCGCAUGUCCAGCAAGCAAAUGCGCUACUUCGCCAGACCUCUAGUGUGCUUUCUCUUCUAUUACCGCUUCCUCAUGUACUUUCCAAGCCGCUUGCAGCUGAUGAACUUGAUCUUCUUCGACACAAAGAUCAAUUAUUGGCUGAUACCAGAACUGAUAGUUAUUGUAGUUUUGCUAAUAAAGCCGUCGCUCGAGAGAAAUUCCAGAGGCAGGGAUGCCCACGUCAAUGAGAAAAUAAAUUUUCAGAUGUUCAUGGGAUACGUCAGUGUGGUUGGCGUUACCCUCUUCGUGUCUCUGGAAGUCUUGAUGUUGCUGACAGCAGCGCGCGGCUACGCGUUAGGCUGGGACAACCCAGCCUUUUACAUGAUCGCCGGACUGAGCUGCUACGUAGGCCUUACCUUCUACCACUUCGGACUGAUGGUGAUAUCUUGCGCGACCAGCAUCUCGUUCGAGAGUCGGAAAGCCAGCCUGAAAGAUCUGGCACGAGCGAUUGGCGUUGUCGGCCGGUAUCAUUUCGGAACGGCCUGUUACCACGCGACCCUCGUAUUCCCCAGAGUGCGUACCACCGUGCUGACGAUGAACGCGCCUGCAUUCGGCAAGCUGCCGGUGUCCAUGGCAGCUCACAGACUUUGCGUGUCGCACUUCAACGUUCACGGCAUAUCGGCGGUUUCGACCGCUGUGCACGGGCGCAAUCAUUCGUCGUCGAUCAGGGAGCUGCUGCGGCUUUUCAGUGACGAUGCGCCGAUAGCGAGACGUUGCCAACAUUUCGGGGCAAUCUGCGCAAGUUUUCUGGCGCUCAUGAUAGGCAUGAACAAUCUGUCGUUUACGCUGCUGUGCAUCCACGGCGUCGUAUUCGGGCCUCUCUUCGCGAUGGGCACGUGGAUGAUGUACCUCACGGUGAUGUUUUUCAACUACAUAUUCAUGAGAGCUCACGACGCGGCUGCGGACACGAUUUGGCUGCUCGUCAAUAAAGAGGAGGAAGUCGAGUUCUAGUUGCGACUUUUACAAGCGGAACUGACGAGAUUACUUGCGAUUCGCUCGACCUACGUAUUAUUGUCGUCGAGUCUCGAUAAGCAGUUGCGCUCUUUUUCUGGACAAUCUUUUAUUGACUUGCUCGCGUCAUCGACGGGGAUUUCACGGGAAAGGCGAAUUUUUCAUUUACGAAUUAGUUGUGUCCUCGUCAUGUCGUCUGCCCAUUUUAUAUUAAAAACUUGUAUUUUUUUUGACAAUAA